ACACACUAUAAAAACAGAGAGAAUCGGAAUGGAAAAUUAAGAAUUAUUAAUAUUUAUUCUUGAUACUAUUCAAAUUUUGAAAAACAAUGGGCUUCUUCUCUCAUGCUGCAAUGCUUGGUGUUGGCUAUUGGAUUGGAAAAUCGUAUUGUUUCCGGUAUAAGAUUCACCAACUUCCCACCGACCCGGAUGCAUCUGAAAUUUCAUUCCGCAUUGAACGAAAAGAAGGUGCUGGUCCAUUUUUCGGACAUCCAUGGUGGAAUCAUCAUCAUCAGUGUUGGCAUCAAUAUCAUCAUAGGACUGAGAAUACUGUAAAUAGUCAGAAUGCGCCAUCUCAAGUGAUUCCGAAGAAGAAUGUGGAACUUUUGGAAGUGGAAACCAAUCAAUAAAACGAAGAAGAUUAAGAUUUUGUAAAUAAUAUUUUUUCCCGAAAAUUGAAAUAAAUUUGGUUUGAAU